CGUCACGUUCAAGUCUUUUACUCUGUAUUUUUUCAUUUUUUCUGGUUCUUUCUGGGUUUUUUUUUUCGUUUACCAAAUUCCUGCUUCCGCUAUAUAUAAACACGCACAAACAUUUUGAACAACAAAAGUUCCCAGAAACGUACAAGUCCUGCUCAUUCCAUCUCUCUCCAGAAACUUCCCCUCUCCAGAAACUUUAUUUUCGAAAUUCAAGGUUGAAGAUGCAAAACGAGAGACCUAGGCAGCUGAGUGACCCAUUUGACAUGUUUGGUGAUUUUGGAAACUUUGGGGAUUUUGGUGGUUCCAUUUUUGGGAGGAAUCCUUUUGAUGAUCCAUUUUUCUCCCGUCCAUUUGGCAGUAUGUUUAGUUCAAAUAAUUUUUUGCGUGGUUCACCCCUAGUCGUUCCACCAAAUGGACCUACCAUCAAGGAACUUAGCUCUGACGAUGAAGAGGCAGAGAUGGAAGAUAAUGACGAGGAAGGUCAAAGGAGUGCUAGACCUGUGAACCAGUCUUAUGUUGACCAUCCAGAUGAUGAAGAAGCAGAUAUGGAAGAUAAUGAUGAGGAAAGUCAAAGGAGCACUAGACCUGCCAAUGAGCCUUAUGUUGAAGCAGAGAUGGAAGAUAAUGACGACGAAGGUCAAAGGAGUACUAGACCUGCCAAUGAGCCUUAUGUUGACCAUCCAGAUGAUGAAGCAGAUGACAAUAAGGAACAAUAUUGGACAGACCACAACCGGAAUGGAGGAACAAAGGCCCAGUCUUUUAAAGUCCAUAGUUGCAAAGUUACAUAUGGUGGUGUAGAUGGAGUAUAUUACACUAGUUCAGCAACCAGAAAAAUGGGAAAUGAUGGAGUGAUUAUGGAAGAUUGCAAAGAGGCAGACAAGAGAACAGGUGAAGCAACACAUAGGAUUUCAAGGGGACUUCAUGACAAGGGCCAUUCAGUUACUAGGAAGCUAAAUUCAGAUGGCAAAGUGGGCAUGCUGCAAACACUGCAUAAUCUGAAGGAAGAUGAACUUGGAAGCUUUGAACACGCUUGGAAGGGAAAUGGCGGAAAUCAUCUGCCUCCACGUACAGGAUCUAGUGGUAGUGGUGUGAGUCUGAAGACAGAUUGGGGAGGGUUUCUUCUUCCAACUACCAGGCACAGGGAUGGAGGUGUGCGCGGCAGCAGACCCAGCAACGAAAAUGUGGGUGAUCCUUCCGGUAGCCGAACCAAAAAGGUUAUCAGGAUCCCCAUAGACUAGCUUAGUUUACAGAUCAUUCUAUACGUUGUUGAUGACUUCUCAUUAUCUACGACAUUGAAACUUCGCAGUCAUUCCCGGAGACAUUUAUUCAGUAUGUUGCAGUAUGUCAUUGUUGGAUUUCCUUUGUAGGCAACUUUCUGUAUAAUAGAUUAAUGUCAGAUGUUUCAUUUGCGGGUGUA